AGCCAGAGUGGAGGCGCGGGAGCUGCGUGCGCCUGCCUGCCCGUACCUCUGCCUCUGCCUCUGUCCCUGCCCAGCAGUCGUGUCGGGAGCUCCCUGGAGGCGGCCGCCAAAGUUUGCGGCCCCGCGCUGCCGGCUUUAGGUAUCCAAGGUAUCCACCCAGAGGAAUCGUGAGGAAUGGCCCUACCUACCUCCAAGUAUCUGGCUGAAAGCCUCGUUCUUUUUCUGUUUGUAGUCUCUUCUGUAAGAACAGCAGAAGCAGCUGUGGCAUGUCCUGACAAGGAUCCUGAGCUAGAAAACUGGAACCCAGGUCACAACCAAGAAAACCGCAUCAAAAUCCGCAAUGGCACGAAGCUCCUUCUCUCAUCUUCAGCGACUGUCCACUCAAUCCACAUCGCUGAUGGAGGAAAGCUGAUCAUUAAGGACGAUGUGCAGCCUAUCAUUUUGCGUACUAGAUAUAUACUUAUUGAAAACGAUGGCGAGUUACGGAUCGGCAGCGAGAUGUGCCCUUACCAAGGCAAUGUGGUUAUCAUCUUAUAUGGGAGAGCGGAUGAUGGCAGCCAGCCGAAUCCCUACUUUGGGCGGAAGUAUAUUGGAGUGAGUGAGGGGGGCACUCUUGAGAUCCAUGGCAAGAAAAAGCUGUCCUGGACUUUCUUAAACAAGACUCUUCAUCCUGGUGGCAUGGAAGAAGGCGGAUAUUACUUUGAAAGGAGCUGGGGCCAUCGAGGUAUCAUUGUCCAUGUGAUUGACCCAAAGAUGGGGGCAGUUGUCCAUUCAGAUCGGUUUGAUACCUACAGAGCAAAAGAGGAAAGCAAACGUCUUGCCCAGUAUUUGGACAGAGUUGCGAAUGGCAUGAUCUUGUCAGUCGCAGUGAACGAUGAAGGAUCUAGAAACUUGGACGACUCAGCCAGGAAAGCAAUGACCAAACUGGGCAGCAAACAUUUCCUCCACCUUGGGUUUAGGCAUCCAUGGAGUUUUAUUACCGUUAAAGGAAAUCCCUCCUCUUCUGUUGAAGACCACAUUGAAUAUCAAGGUCACAAAGGGACGGCUGUGGCCAAAGUAUUCAAACUGUUCAAAGCUGAGAAUGGAGAACUUUUUAAUGUCUCUUCGACUAGUGAGUGGGUUCAAGAUGCAGAAUGGACAGAAUGGUUUGAGAAGCCCGAGAAAGCAAGAUCUAAAGACAUGGAGAAGCUUUCUGACUUCAAAGCUGCUCACCCUGAUAAAAUCUGUAGGCAGCCCAUUGACAUCCAGGCAGAGACCCUUGAUGGAACUAUUUUAACAACUGAGGUUUUCUACAAGAGUGGCCACGACUAUCGGUUUCUGUGCCACGGAAAGGACCAGACAGGUGAAGGAUGCCAGAAUUACAGAGUGCGAUUCCUGUGUGGCAGCUCUGUGAAACCAAAGCUUACGGUAACUAUUGACACCAAUGUGAACAGUACGGUGCUGAAUCUGGUGGAUGAUGUGAGCUCAUGGGAACCCGGAGACAGGAUUGUGGUUGCAAGCACUGACUACUCCAUGUACCAGGCGGAGGAGUUCCAAGUACUGCCAUGCCCAUCUUGCAGACCCACGCAGGUCAAGGUUGCAGGGAAAGCAGCAUACCUCCACGUUGGUGAAGUCAUUGACGGCGUCGACAUGCGGGCCGAAGUGGGACUGCUGAGCCGCAACGUUGUGGUCAUGGGCGAGAUGGAGGGGCAGUGCUAUGAGUACAGCAGCAAGUUGUGCUCCUUCUUUGAUUUCGACACCUUUGGAGGACACAUCAAGAUCGGUCUUGAUUUUAAGGCUACCCAUCUUGAAGGUCUAGAAUUGAAAUAUAUGGGCCAACAGACAAUGGGACAUUACCCAAUUCACUUCCAUAUGGCUGGAGAUGUGGACGAGAAAGGAGGCUACAACCCUCCGACAUAUGUGAAGGAUGUCUCCAUCCAUCAUACCUUCUCCCGCUGUGUCACAAUCCAUGGAUCCAAUGGUUUGCUGGUGAAGGAUGUUGUGGGUUAUGAUGCACUGGGCCAUUGUUUCUUUACGGAGGAUGGACCAGAAGAGCGCAACACAUUUGAUCACUGCCUUGGACUGCUUGUUAAACCCAGCACUCUACUCCCCUCUGACCGAGACAGCAGGAUGUGCAAGCUGAUCACGGAGGGUGCUUACCCAGGGUACAUCCCUAAACCCAGGCAAGACUGUAGCGCCGUAUCCACCUUUUGGAUAGCCAACCCACACAACAACCUUAUAAACUGUGCGGCUGCGGGGUCUGAAGAAACAGGCUUUUGGUUUGUUCUGCACCACGUGCCAACGGGGCCCUCGGCGGGCAUGUAUUCCCCUGGCUACUCGGAGCACGUGCCGAUGGGGAAAUUUUCCAACAACCGCGCACAUUCCAACUACCGAGCUGGAAUGAUCAUCGAUAACGGUGUGAAAACCACUCCUGCCUCAGCCAAGGACAAAAGGCCCAUUCUGACACUGAUUUCUGGGAGAUACAGCCCACACAAAGAUGCUGAUCCUUUGAAGCCCAGGGAACCUGCAAUAAUUGAGCGCUUUAUUGCCUACAAGAACCAGGAUCACGGGGCCUGGCUGCGGGGCGGAGAUGUGUGGCUGGACAACUGCCAAUUUGCAGACAAUGGCAUUGGGCUGACCCUGGCAAGCGGUGGGACCUUCCCUCACGAUGAUGGCUCAAAGCAAGAAAUCAAGAACAGCUUGUUUGUUGGUGAGAGCGGAAACCUGGGCACCGAGACGAUGGACAAUGAGAUCUGGGGACCUGGCGGCCUGGAUCACAGAGGCAGGACCCUGCCCAUCGGCCCGAAUUUUCCCAUUCGAGGGAUUCAGUUCUACGAUGGCCCAAUCAAUGUCCAGAACUGCACCUUCCGCAAAUUUGCUGCCCUGGACGGCCGGCAUACAAGUGCCCUGGCCUUCAGGCUCAACAAUGCCUGGCAGAGCUGCCCCAACAACAACGUCACCGACAUUCAUUUUGAAGACGUCCCCAUUACCUCAAGGGUCUUCUUUGGAGAACCUGGACCCUGGUUCAAUGAUCUGGAUAUGGAUGGUGAUAAAACAUCCGUUUUUCAUGAUGUAGAUGGUUCUGUGUCUGAAUAUCCAGGCUCAUACCUGAUAAAAGAAGAUAACUGGCUAAUCAAACACCCAGACUGCAUUGAUGUGCCUGACUGGAGAGGUUCUAUCUGCAGUGGACGCUAUGCACAGAUAUACAUCCAAGCCUACAAGCCAGCCAACCUCAAAAUGAAAAUAAUAAAAAAUGACUACCACAAUCAUCCACUCUACUUGGAAGGGGCUUUGAGCAAAAGCACUCAUUACCAGCAAUAUCAGCCAGUUAUAACUCUGAGGAAAGGCUACACCAUUCACUGGGACAAGACAGCCCCUGAAGAGCUGACCAUAUGGCUCAUCAACUUCAACAAGAACGACUGGAUCCAAGUAGGGUUUUGUUACCCUAAAGGGACGACAUUUUCCAUUCUCUCAGACAUCCACAAUCGUCUCUUGAAGAAAACGUACAAAACUGGAACCUUCUAUAGAGUCUCUCAAAUGGAGAAACUAGAGUACAGGUAUCCUAGCAAAGGAUACUACUACUGGGAUGAGGACACUGGGCUGCUGUUUCUGAAACUAAAAGCUCAAAACGAGAAGGAGAAAUUUGCUUUCUGCUCUGUCAAAGGCUGUGAACGAAUAAGGAUCAAAGCUAUGAUUCCAAAGAACGCUGGCGUCAGUGACUGUCAAGCCACGGCUUAUCCCAAGUACAUCGAGACGCCUGUAGUAGAAGUGCCAAUGCCUAAGAAGCUAUCUAGUGCACAGCUGAAAACGAAGGACCACUUACUAGAAGUGAAAAUAGAAACUUAUAAGAAACAGUACUUCCACCUAAAGGAUGACUAUGCAUACAUCGAGGUUGAUGGUGUAAGGUAUUUCCUCACCGAAGAGGGUAUUCAGCUGAUAGUGAUUGAUGGACAUCAUGGGAAAGUAGUUGAUCGAGUAACAUUCAAAAACUCAAUUCUACAAGGAAUCCCAGCACAGAUAGAAAAUUAUGUCAACAACAUCGAAAAUCAUUCUAUUGUGCUGGUGACAUCUAAAGGAAGAUUCAUUUCAAGAGGACCAUGGACUAAAGUACUGGAGAAACUUGGAGCAGAAAAAGGUUUUAGUUUAAAAGAAAAAAUGGCUUUUGUUGGAUUCAAAGGCAGCUUCCGUCCUGUCUGGGUGAAGCUGGUCACCAAUGAGGACUCAGCUAAAAUCUACCAAGCUCUGCCAAUUCCUGUGGUGAAGAAGAUGAAGUUAUGAGGACACAAAGCUCUGCCUUCUGGCUGCCAGCACUGCUCCAGCAAGAUGGACUACUGACUGUACGUGACAGGCACAUUAUAGUGUGCUCCAGAAGUGUAGCAUUUUGUUGUUGUUGUUGUUCAAAAAAGAAAUCUUACUGUAAGUAGCUAAAGUGGCCACAUGUGAUGGAAAUGCGUUCCUCUGUGCUCAGCACGUGUUCUGUGAUCGUCGGCACUUGCCAGUUGACUUCCAUUGAUGUUGACGCUCAUGUCACUAAGCAAGGUUUGACCUGAUUUGCAAGCUGCUGAUUUUAUCAGCAUGCCCAUGGUAUGCUGUCUCUGGAAAGGUGAGCUCUAGGGCUAAAGGCCACUGAGGAUUGUUGUUUGUACCAGCCUCUAACUUACCCAAACAAUUUUUUUCCCCUGGAGUAACCAGCCAACUCAAAGCCUGGAUGAAACUCUAAGGUAGAAAGCGUGUAUUUGAAUGAUUACUUAGAUGCUAGGAAAUAUAACUGGACAGCAAUACUUUACCCUAAAUUUUCUGUGACAGCUGAUCAAGUUCUUUGGGAUCUGUGUUGUACAUACAUGGCACAUAGUUGAGGAAGAGAGGAGAGAGGAGUGAAGCAAGCAUACAAGAAGAGACCGAUGCAACCACAUCUUUCUGCUUGCUCAUAAAACUGUGGUUCUCCUGUAGCUUCAGGUCUCUUAAUAGUUGUUUCUCAACUGGGAGGUUUUCCUUCAACAAGCAGCCAUAGUCUACAAAGAAAGACCUGUCGAUCAGCACAAACAGUUCCAGCCCUUUCCCUUCAGUCCUGCCAUAUAAUAACAUUCAGGGCCGAUCUAGAAGGUUUAUGGUAGACAGUCAAAAAGGGCAUACUGUUCAAGAUUUCCAGUUCUCAUCUGGGAAUGCUGGGACUUGUGUUUCUCAGCCACAAAUGGGGUGAGCAGCCUUUACUUUUCCAGACUGUGUUGGUCUGUUGGGUAUUGCUUUCCAGCCAUUGUCCUUGGCCUUUGGGCCAUGAGUAUCCUGACCUCCUGGAAGAGUUACAUGAAAUCAGAGUGGAAGGUGGCAGAGGUGGAAGUCUUGAGGUCUUACCAGAUAGCUAAAGAAUUAGAGUGGGAAUCCCCAUACGCUAGUUGGAUGUCUUGUACUUGCUUCCCACCUCCUUCAAAGCAUUAGCUGGUAAUGAAGGCAGAUCAGUGCGGGUCAGGACUCCUGCACAGACAUCUCCUGAAGAUGGAUAAUUAAGCACUAUCUUGUAAAAUUUUGUAAGCACUUCCAAUGUUCAGUGAUGUUUCUAUUUGUUGCUCAGAAGUGCCAUGAAAGCAUAUGCACAGGCUGUGGCUGUUAUAAGGAGGUGUAAGAGGGAGGUUUUAAAAGUAAAUAUAAGAGUCAAUUUUGCCCAUUUCUGGGUUUGUUUCCCCUCUUUGUCUCUCUGUGCCCACAUUGCUACAGAAAUUAUUCUCGCUGCUGAUAAUUACUUCAUUUUGCUCUGUUUUAAUUAGAACUCCAGUAACUAAAUUGCUUUUUUUUCCCCCACAGUAUCCAAAAUAUUGUCUUUCAACUAGAAUGAAGGAGCAUUGAUUCCGCAGGUCACUCCACAACUGGGCUGAUGCUGAACCCUCUCAGCUCUGUCCCUACUUUUUAGGUCAAUAUCUCUGAUAGACAAAGCAAUUGUAUAGAAAAAGUCAGGUAGCACUUAGGGCAUAUUCCCUUCCAGCCUCUCCUGGGUUUUGAAACUGGAAAUGUUCUUUUCAGUCUUAUAUCCAAGCUUUCCCCUUUCCCUCCCUUGCUUCUCAACAAGAGCCUGUUAGUGAAGGAGCAGCACAGUUGUUGUUAGGUGGUGUUUUGUUGUUGUUUUUUUCCCUGAUGUCUUAACGAUGGUUUGAGGAUUUCACCCUCAAAUCACAAACUCUUCCUUGAAAACAUCCCUUUAUAGUUAAGCCAUGGUGAGCCAAACAUCACUUCUCUGACAUUCUUUGAUAGCUGAAACAGAUUCAGAUCCCUGAAGUUGAGAAAUACACUGAAAUAAGUCCGUGAGCAUGUCAGGCUGGUUAAUGUACACAUCUUCACUAUGCUGUGGCAGUUCUGUUCCUAUAAUUGCACCUGUACCAGUGGAGCACACAUGCGAACAUGAGAUGGACCAAAGCAUGAGCAUUUCUUUCAUGAGCACUUGACAUGGGCAGGAAAGCGAGGUUCAGAAUGUACCUGGUUUGGGAUCUGGUUUUCCACACCCCACUCUGUGAAGCACUGCUUCCCUGUGUUGCUGGAGGUUCCUGAUCUGUGUGCAGAUGCUUGGGAGGACCAUGCCCUAGGCUGGUUUCCUCAGCUACUACAAGAGCGCUGCAUUCGUGCUAGAGCUGUAGCUUCUGAUUUGACAAUUUUUGGAAUUCUCAGGGUGAAAUCACAAGACUUGGCUCUAGGAAAACUUCUUCCAAAAAACAUCUUUUCUUAUUAAGCAAAGAACACUUGUAAGUAACUCAUUCUAUCAUGCAAAGCUUGUCACAUGGGGCCUGUUUGGAGCUAGGGCUGGGUCUUAUGCUGUGAAUACUUAGGACAGGAUCACUGCAGUCUGUAAGCCUGAGGGAUAAUGGAGCAUCACAGCAGUGUAAUGGGGCAGACACUCCUGUGAAAUGCAAAGGGCUCCCACUGAUGUGAAUGGGAUGAAGUCAGUGGGUUACGCUGAAGACACAGCUUAGCCUGAUGCCAUCACCGGUCAGCAAUAGCUUUGUGCCAUAUGGUUACUUUCUAAUCUUUGACUGUUGUAGAAAUUGCACGUGCACAUUUUGACUAGUGAAUUAACUGGCUGCUUGUACUUUGUACAUCCCUUUAACAGUCCCUGCACCAGCUGCAAUGAUCCUCUUUGUAAGGUCUUAUUACUGCAAAUGUUCCCAUCUCUGCCUACCCGGUUGCCACUGUCGGAGUGAUUUUUUGAUUGGAUUUUGUUUGUUUAGAUGUUUGUUUGUUUGGAUGUUUGGGCUUUGGUUUUGUUUUUUUUUUUUUGCAUUCUGUUCAAAUGCUUGUUUUACCUGUCGCCGAAAUAGCUGGUCCUUUUUCGGGUUAGAUGUAUAGUGUUUUGUACAUUUUCUUAGAGACUUUCCAAUGAAAAAGAUAUAUUUUCUAUUUAUUUAUUACAAUGGCACUAAGACAACUAAAUUGCAGACAUACGAAGCAUCUUUACGGGAGUUUAGCAUUGGCUAGGUUGUUAAGGAGGUUGGCAGUCUGGCUUUUCUGAUAAUCUGCUUUGCACUUGAAAGCUCUCUAUGUCCGCAGAAUGUGGUAAUGCAUUGACUGUCUGUUUUGUGGUGACAAGAGCUGCUGGGACAUUCGUUCCAAAAGAUUGUGGCUUACAACUGAAAUAACGUGUAGUUGUUUGGAGUACACAAGCGUUUAACAAAAUAAAUAUUCAAUGCAAGUUUCUCAUUUGA